CCUUUUUCUUUGUUAGCUAGCUAACAAGACUGGUUAAUCUUUACUCCGACUAACUUGUCCGGUUUAGCAUUCGACAAAAAUGUACCUAAUUCAAGUAGACUAAAAAAACUAUUAAAAUGAUUUAGCAAUCACACAUUGUCAAAGCGUGGUUUGCAUGUGGCUUAUUUUAGAGAACAAAUUGCAUUGCCAGAAUCAUGUACAUGUCUAGAAUAGCCAUUGUAUUUUUUUAUUAAACUAUAACGUUAUGAACUGAGCUACACUGUGAAAUGUUUCAGCUAUUGCUUUUCAAACGUUAUGUUUACGUUACAAUAUAACGUUAGCUAGCUAGGCCGCUAAGGUUGUGUGCUUAUUGAUUUAACGUUAGCCAACAUUUGACUGCACGGUUAGCAAACGUUAACGCUGCCAUUUAGAAUAAGAUACAUAAUAAUUUACUACACACGACUUGGAGCGAGCUAGCUAAAUAAUUUGUUGAAAUGCAUUCCGUUCUAGUCAGUAACUGGUCACGUGAAUUUGAAGACAAAAACAAUAAAUGUAAACAUUUGUAGGGGGCAUUGUGCGAACAAAUCCUUUACCAAGGCGUCAUGGAAAAUAAAGGGAAAUUUGAUAUAUCGAAAACAUUAGCCAAUGUAUGAAUCUAACGUUUUUAUCUUAAUAAUAAUAAUUAGGUUGACCUUUUAAACGUCAAGUCUUUUGAUAGGGACAAGUUUAGUGGAUUUAUCAUAGCUGAAUAGGCGGUUUAAUGUGGAUGAAUUGCAUUGAAUCUCCCUCGGAAAUACAACAUGGCGUUUGUGCGCGCUGACUAGAAACUGCGGUGGAAUACUGAGCCCCCCCAUUCAUAUCGCCUGACAGAUGAUACAGGGAGAAGCAGAACGCCUUUUAUCAUUGUGGAUUCUGUCUGUAGCUAGAUUCCCUAGAUCGAAUUUUGACCAGAUUCUCAUGUUUACCGGAAUUACAUACCAAUCCAAUAAAACGUCCCCCUUAAAAUUGGCAUUAACCAUACACACUAAUUGCACCACGAGCAAGGCUGUACCUUGUGAACAUUAUCCUUAUCUAGUAGCCUAAAUAUUAUUUAGGAAAUGUGGAUACUUGUGUAUGAGAAUUUCACACAGGAAGUCAGAAUGACAUGUGCUUUGGGCUAUUAUUGGGCUAAAUCCACCUGCUUACACCUCCAAACCCUGCUGCAUCUGACCUAGUAGGGUUUGAAUAAUUUGCAUUGGCUGCUUUGCUUUCCCUCCUUAUCAUCCGACUAUCCUUGAAUUCAAUGGUCACAGGGCACAGAUAAUUCUUCAAGGAGGAGCCUGGGGAGUAGUCCUAAACGACGAAGGCCAACUUGUUCACACAAGCACAGGCUGUCCUCUGGCAGGGCAGUAAGCGGGUGGUGUGGAGCAGGCCGCGGAGUCCGUCUCUCUGCACUGCAUGGCUGCGAUGGCGCCCGCUCUCACCGACGCCCCAGCCGAAGCUCACCACAUCCGCUUCAAACUGGCUGCCCAGUCCUCCAGUCUCUCCCCGGGCAGCACAGAGGACGGCAACACAAGCAACAUCCUCAUCCACAACAGCAGCGGCACCGGCAAAUGCAAGGUCUCCGCCGCCGACGAAAACUCCCACAACUUUUGCAGCGGGAACCAGGAGCAGCCGACCCAGCAGCAUCAGCAGUCCUCGGCCUCAACCUUGGGCAAGCUCCAGCCGCUGGUGGCUUCCUACCUGUGCUCCGAUGUGACCCCCGUCCCCUCCACCAAGGAGUCUAUUAAACUGCAAGGAGUCCUCAUCAAGCAGUCUGUGCUGAAGAGUCACGGCAUCCUACCCAGCUCGCUGUUCAACGGCGGGGGAGACUUCCUGCUGAGUAAACGGCAGACUUUGGAGCUGUCCGGAGGACAACUGAAGAGCCUCAUGAGCAGCAACGGUGGUGGCCAAGCCGUAGCGGCCAUCAAUGGCCUAGCCAAGAAGCUGGCCAUGUCCGGCGCAGCGGGCUCCGUGGUGGCAUUGAACAGGAGCAAACCCUCCGCCAGCGCUGAAUCUCAGCCCCUAACGCCUCCACCGGACUCCAAGGCCUUCAUGGGUGCCAUCUUAAAGGGACCCGUCAAGCAAAAGCAUUCCCUGGUGGUUUCUCACAGCGCAGGAGGAAACGGCCUCCAACAGCAACCAGCUCACUUUGUGGCACCUGAUACACCCUCAAAUCAGCCGGACACACCCUCAAAUCAGCUGAUGUCGCCCGUGACUGACUGGGAGAGGGCAGGCAGAAGCCAGCAGGGAUCCCCAGUCUGCUCUCCGGCACCCCAGUCCCCCUCCUCCACCCUCUGCAGCCUGGACGCCCAGGUGAAGGAGCGCACUCUGCUCAACCGCAGCCGCCAGGGUGAGAUUGAGGGCCGGAUGCGGCGGCUACGCAAGCGGCUGCAGGUGGUGCAGGCCAAGCAGGUGGAGCGCCACGUUAAGCAGCAGCUGGGGGGCUUUCUGGACUCAUCCCUCAGCAUGCUGCCUCCCGCCACCACAACGCGUAAGGGGGACACCACCGCCACAUGGCGCCCGGGCCGGCACUCCUUGGGAGCCAGGGACAGUCUGGGCAGGUUCUUGAAGAGCGGCUCCAUCCCCACAGAGUUGGAGCGCCUCUACCUCAGCGGCACAGCCAACCUGCACGUGGCUGAGAGCAACUUCGACUCGGACGUGACGGAGAGCAGCUCGGGAGGGGACACCGACCUGGAGGAGGAGGUGCUGACCAGAGUGGACAUUGAGCAGCGGCACAUCAAAAUAUGGAAGCGGGCGGAGAGUCGCUACACCAUCGAGCGGGCCUCCAUCAUCAGCCACUGGAACUGGCUCCAGGCCCACAUCUCAGACCUGGAGUACCGUAUCCGCCAGCAGACAGACGUCUACCGACAGAUCCGUGCCAACAAGGGCUCAGUGGAGUUGGGAGGCGUGGCGCCCAGUGCGUUGGUGGUGGGCGGGGCAGGAGUUAAGACCGAGCCUACUCCCCAGGACUGUCAGGUCACCAUCACAGAGUCUGGACCCUGGAGAGGCCAGAAUGGCAGGCCGGUCAAUGGGGUCCUCAACAGGGUGUCAGAGAGUAACACCAAACACCAACCCAGCCCCAAUGAUAGCACCUGUGUGGCCGCCCGCACGCGCCCCUUACUUAACUGCAGACGACGGAGACUUGUACAGCCUAACACAGUACCUAACCUCAAUGGCAAGGUCCCGAGAACCAGCGCUAUCCUUUGCAGCUGCAGGGUCAACCCCUCCUCCUGUGUGACAUGCGGGGGUCGCCCCAGCGCACCCAGAGAAGACCCCCAGUAUGAGCUUCCCUCCCUGGAGCGCUUGUCCCACUUGGACCCGGGCGUCCACCCCAUCCUCUCCCUCCCUGACGAUGUGUGUAUGAGCCUGCGGCUGCAGCAGGUGAUGAAGAGCCACUGGCAGGGCAAGGCCCCCGAGAGGACCAAGCCCCUCAAGAAGCUCUCGCUCAAACACAAGCUCUCCUCCAAAGACAAGCACAUCAAGCUGGCCAACUCGCUCAUGGCACACAGACUGUCUCACUAUAAGAGCCGGGCUGAGAAGCAGCAGCGGCGACAACACCACCACUUGGAUGGCAACGGUGGGGUGCUGAGCGCCGCCAGGCUGGAGGGCCAGGCCCUCUGUAAGGCCGAGCGGCUUCUGCAUGGCCUCCCCUCACCCUCCACAGGCCCCUAUGACCGGAGCUACAGUCGCAAGAGGCCCCGCGAGCACUUGCUGGACAGGACCCACGGCUCCACCCCAAAGCUCUUCCUGGACUCGGGCAGCCCCUGCUCGUCCUUGGCCAGCCUGCACUCGUCUCUCCACAGCCCCUCGCUGACCCGCCAGCUGUCCACUUCCUCGGAGAGCUCCACCCACAUUGGCCCCAACAGUCUCAGCUUCUCCAACACACCCCAGCCCAUCCGUAGGAGGCGAGGCGAGAGCUCCUUUGACAUCAACAACAUUGUGAUCCCCAUGUCGGUCGCGGCCACCACGCGUGUUGAGAAACUACAAUACAAAGAGAUCGUCACCCCUAACUGGCGGGAAGUUGACAUUUUCUCCCAGCCCAUGGCAGAAGAGGAGAACCACACAGAGAUGGAGGACCUCUCUGACGCGGCCUUCUCCCAGCUCCACCAGCCAUGCCAGGAUCAGGAGCGUUCCCGCUGGACCUGGAUGGCCCUGGCCCCCGCCAAGAGGAGGGGCAGCAGGUCGUACAAGUCCAUGGAUGGCAGGACCACACCGCUACUGUGCAGCACCAACCCGCCCACUCCCCAGCCGGCGUCCCCUGACCCUGGACACUGCCCCCUGCUGCACGAUUACAGCCACGUGGCGUCGCCCAUAAGUCCGGACGCCACCUCCAACCCCCACACGCCGUGCUCACGCGACUCCCACCGCCUACUGUCCAGUGAGGACACGCGCUGCUCCACACCCGACUUUACCUUCGAGGAGAGGACGGUGGCCCCUUGGGAGCAUCGAAACUUCCCCCUGCCGGAGGACCCCUCUCCGGAGCCCGAGGUGGAGGGGGAAGAUGAGAUGAGGCGGUCGCGAAUGCGCAGCGUCUCGUGUUGCCCGUCGACAGGCUAUGACACAGACAGCCCCUUGCCUUGUGAUGACGACGCCCCCAAACAGAAGGGCCAUGCCCACCAAUGAAUGACUGACAGGCUGAGGUCCUCCUCAAUCCCUACCCCUCUCUGGCAUUAACAAGCAGAACCUCAAACUGAGAAAAAAGGCUAUUUAAAAGGGUUCCUGUUUGAUAUUCAAACACCAGUCUAAUACUAUUUCACAGUUUUUAGUGAAUAUUAUACGGAAGAUGGAAGCCUUUCCCUACACUCUUGAUGUUACAAAAAUGAUUUCUGUUGUAGGCUAAAACGAUGUACAUGGGGCUUAGUGGUGUUCCAUAUGUGGCGUGUACACUUGUAGCGCACUAUGUAGCUGACUCCUCAAAGUAUGGCCAAAGGGUGUUUUUCUAUUGACUAGUUUGCUUGUAUUUCCCAUGUACAUUUUCUAGUGGUGUGACAAAUAACAAAACAAGAAGAAAAAAAAAAUCCUCAUACUCCCCAAUUAACAGGUACAUUUGGGAUGUUUUGUGUCCUUUUUUUUCCCUCUAGGGGUGGGGGGGCAUUAGAAAUCGUGGAGCACAUCUUCUUUCAUUGCCAAGUAGUUUUGUUGGGUUGCAUGUCUUUUUUUGUUUGUCAUUCCUUUCCUGAUUUUUUUUUUUUUUUGUACCGUCUGUUCAAUUAAGUCUCUUUCUUUUUGUGUUUUGAACAGUAAUCAUUCCUUUAGAAAAUCUCUGCAGAGCACCCGGCGCCUCUGAUCCCUCUGAGCUCUCGCUGUCUUGUUUGCGGGAGUGACUGCAGUAGAGAGGAACCUGGGUGUCCUAAGCACUUGUCCAACUUACAGGGAGCACUACUGCAUGCUAAACCAUGCUAAGGCUAAUCAAAUCACCAGAGCACAUAAUAGAACAGGAACUUGCCACACAGGGAAAGGAAGUGGAUGAUGAUCGGGGAUGACCCUACCAUCGGUUUAGUUCACUUUCCCCUUUCCUCAAAUUAUCAUUGGUGUAGUAUUAUGUCAACAUAGUCAAAUUUAUUUCAAAUGGUAAAAUCACACAGCUAAUAGCUUUUUCAUUUUGUUUUCCGGACAUUGGUAUGAGGCUACAUGCUGGUGAAUUAUUGGACAAUGUUUGUUAAUGUUGAUAAUUAAGUUGUUUCUGGUUCAACUUGACAAGAUAAAGUGUGUUAUCUAGUUUCAUAUGUAGCAGCUCUUUGCUAGAAGCAACCCAGACCUCAGGUUUUACAGUUAAGGGAAUAUUUCUAAUGCUGAGAAAAUAUUUGCCUCCCCCCACCAGAUCGAGCCGAUCUAAAGAGACUACUCUGUUGCAGAAUAAUGUUUUUUUUGUGUUGCCACCCCACAAUGACAUAACCACACCACCAUUUCCCCUCGUAACUAAUUGCUAUGCAAAAUCUAUGGUUGUAUAAUUUUACACCUGUUUUUACGCCACAGUCCUUCAAACCCUGUACUUUGUUUUGUAGUUUAAGCAAGAUGUAAAUGUACUGGUCCAAUUGUUGCAGCAGUUAACCUAAUCAAAAGCAGAAUUGUUUUUGUAAAUAGUACCAUUAAAACAUUUGUUAAACUUGG